AUUUGAAAAAGAAUAAGAGAGAUACAAAUUAUAAUGUUUUUGGAAUAAGAUCUUAUACAUCCCCAGAGAAGGCAGUUGGCCAUCACUAUGAAAUGUGCCCAUAUGGGGACUUUUGGCAGUUAGCUCUGAGUCUGAGCAGAUGUUGAAUAUUGUGUAGAAUUUUGUAAAAAUAUUGGAUAAAAUCAAUCAUUGUAUACAUGAUUUUCAGAAUUGUAAACAAAAAUGUGCAAUCUUACUUAAUUUAUAUUAAAAAAAUUAGGUUAGGGCUUUAGGAAUAGGUAUAACUUCAGUUGCAGGAUAUUAUUUUAUUGCUCCAUUCUGGCUAUCAGGUCCCUAAACCCACAUUGGCAAUGAGCUUACUUUCACUUAACAAAAUUCUAGUGGGUGUUUUCACCGCUUAUGUUGGCUACACUGUGUACAGCCUAGGCUCCCUCUUGGCUGUGCCUUCCUGCAAUCCUGGUGAUGUCUGCCUUAAACCCUACCUUGCUACUGAGAACCCUCGACUUCAGCUGUUGGUGUUUACAUCAAUGCUGUGGAACCCUAGCACUGAAAAAGACUUGACGCUUGUGUACCGUGAUGGCAACUUGAACCCCUAUGCGGCCAGUGAUGCAGCAAAUGUGGUGGUCAACAUCAGCCUGCCCCGUGCAGUGCGCUCUAACAACAAGACAAUGCACCUCCACCUUUUCCUUAUUGGUGGAGAUGCUACAAUUAUGGGAUUUGGUGACAUAGUGCAGUCAGUAAACGAGGUUGCCCACGUCAGGGUGAGCCUGGCGGUGCACCAUACACCCACCCCCCAACCCUACAGCCUUGUGGCCGAUGCGCAGAACGCCAGCAAGCAGAAGCGUCAGCCUGAGCGGCGUUGGCCGGAGGUGCACCUGCGCGACCGCAUCACAUACAGCCUCGUCACCGACCUCCGCCCCCUGCCCCGACACCGCCUUCCUCCUGAGAUUGUCAGCAAAAUACGGUUGGUGUCUCCAAGUCACUACCUUCCGAUGCUGCAUGUGGAACUGCUUAGCCAACGGCUGGAGCAUCUACAGCCCGUAGCAGACCUGCAAACAAACACAAACUUCAGCCUAAUUUACAGACAGUCUUCCCUCCCACGUCUGCGCAUGUGGCUGCAGUUCGAGGCUGCACUAAUACUCACUCCGCAGCUGCUGUUCGACGCACUCGCCUUCAAGAACGACAUCGCGUACUGGCGGGACAGGGACAGCCUGGCGGGACUGUCCCGGGGCACAGUCCUAUGGAGGGCCUUUGCUCAGCUGGUAGUGAUGCUACACCUGCUGGAGGAAGACACGAGCCUGCUGGUGCUGGGUCCUGCCGUCGCCGGUCUCUUCAUUGAGUUAUGGAAGGUGCAGAAGGCAAUGCGAUUGAGCAGAAGCGCAGCUGCCUCCCCGACAGCUGCACUGCAGCUUCAGACACAAGCUCUGGACUCUGAAGCGUUCAGACAUCUACGUAUUCUACUCUACCCACUGUGCUGCGCUGGGGCUGUCUACUCGCUCCUCUACCUGCCGCACAAGAGCUGGUAUGCGUGGCUCAUAACAUCCCUGGUGCACGGGGUCUACGCCCUGGGCUUCGUGUUCAUGUUGCCGCAGCUCUACAUCAACUACAAGCUCAAGACCGUCGCGCACCUGCCCUGGCGAGCCUUCAUGUACAAGGCGUUCAACACGUUCAUUGACGACCUCUUCGCGUUCAUCAUCACGAUGCCUACGAGCCACCGCGUCGCUUGCUUCAGGGACGAUGUCGUCUUUCUCAUCUACCUCUACCAGCGCUGGCUGUACCCUGUGGACGCCGCUCGUGUCGAGCCUGGCAUGGAAGGGGCGGUGGACUCUGGCAAACCCAAGGAGGAGUGAACAACAGAGACGGAGUGAAUGAACACAGAGUGAAGAGUGUAUGCACAUAAAGUGAAGCAUGUAUGCACCCAGAGUGAAAAA